AUGGGCAAAGAGAAUCAACCACUCGAAUUCAGAACAAAACAAGGCAAUUCCUUACCCCACAAAGCCAAGUCAAGGCCAGCUUCAUACUAUAUCAUCCUAAUCGUCAAACUAUUAUCGUAUGAUUUAGUAUUAUGGUUUUUCAAUUUAGUCAUCCACACAUUCUUUCGUGAUGUUCAAUCACGAGGAAGUUUCAACAUCCCCCAAAGAGGACCAGUGAUAUUUGUGAUUGCUCCUCACCAUAACCAAUUCGUUGAUGGUUUGGUAGUUAUGGCCAAAGUCAAGGAGCACCUGGGUCGACGUAUUGCCUUCUUAAUUGCACAAAAGUCGUAUAAUAGAAGGAUCAUUGGCGAAGCUGCCAAACUAUGUAGCGCAAUUCCAGUCGAAAGAGCCCAAGAUUUGUUGAAAAAGGGUACGGGCAAGAUAUUUGUUGACAAGGAGGAUGAUCGAGUUAUUCGAGGCUCAGGCACUAAGUUUACUAGUGAAUGUCAAGUAAAGGGCUUGAUCGGGUUACCCAAUUCGUUAGGUAAUUCUUCAAUACAGGAAAUAUUUGAUGACGAGAAACUUUUACUAAAGAAACCAUUCACCUCCCCGAGGGAAGAGAUUCAACAAAGAAUUGAUGAGAAAUUGCACGAUGGUACUGAAUUCAAAAUUGCACCCCACAUUGACAAUCACAUUGUUUUCCAGAAUGUAUUCACCCAUUUGAAUGAUGGGAAAGUGUUGGGUAUUUUUCCCGAAGGGGGUUCUCAUGAUCGUCCUGAUUUAUUGCCAUUGAAACCAGGUGUUGCAAUUAUGGCAUUGGGUGCUAUAGCACAGCAAAUUGAAGCAAUAAAAAAUGGUAAAUCGGAACAUGAAGAGGUGGUGCCAGUUAGCAUCGUCCCCGUUGGGUUGAGUUACUUUCACCCACACAAGUUUAGAUCAAGAGUUGUCAUUGAGUUUGGGAAACCAAUUGUUGUGGACGAACAAAUGGCUGAACAAUAUGAGAUGAAUUCAAGAGAGGCAGUGGAUAAGUUGUUAAAGACUAUUACUCUCGGAUUGAAGGAAGUUACCAUGACAUGCAACGACUAUGAAACUUUGAUGGUGUUACAGGCUGCUCGAAGAUUGUACACCUCUGGAAAUCGUGACAAUAUUCCACUCCCCAUGGUGAUUGAAAUGAAUAGAAGACUAAUCAAAGGGUACGAGAAAUACAAAGAUCAACCAGACGUCAAGGAACUAAAAGAAGCGGUAUUGGACUAUAACAAGAAAUUGAGGGCAUUGAAUUUACAUGAUCAUCAAGUUGAAUCUUUGGACCGUUCAAAUAGACUUGUCAAUUUUUGGCGCUUUGUAACCAGAUUUUUCAAGUUUUCAUUAUUUAUGGGUCUCAGUUUACCAGGUAUAUUUUUAUUCAGUCCUGUAUUUAUAAUUUCUCGCAGGAUUUCAAGAAAGAAGGCAAAAGAGGCGUUGGCGGCAUCGGUGGUGAAAAUAAAAGCCAAGGAUGUUUUGAGUACGUGGAAGAUUCUUGUGGCCAUGGUGUUGGCGCCAAUGUUGUACAUUUUCUGGUCGGUUAUCGGUACAAUUUUCAUCGUCAAGUCUAAAGUGUUGGGUGAUUACCAACCUUCAAUUUGGAUAAUCUUUAUCUACUUUUAUGGCUGGGCAGUAUUGACAACUUAUGCUUCUUUGAGAAUGGGGGAGAUUGGUAUUGAUUACUACAAAUCUCUCGCACCAUUAUUUCUUUCAAUGUUGAGUAUCAGUGAAGAUAGGUUUCAAAUUGAGAAAUUGAAACAAACCAGGGAGGAGCUACGCGAAAGAGUGAAUUUGUUCUGUAACAAAUUUGGUCCAGGAAUGUUUGAUGAUUUUGAACAAUUUUACAAACAGUACAAUGGUCCCACCGAUGAAGAAGAGUUUGAUCUUAUCACUCUUCAAAAACAACAAGCACAGACUCAAUUCAGCAAGUUACAAAGACAAACUAGUGCUUCAUCUUUGGAUUUCAAUUUGCUGAAUUUGUCUGAUAUUCCUAUUUUCGCAGCAGCAGACUUGGAACAAGCUAAUGACGUGAAUCUUACAAAGGAGUCAGAAGAGAUUGAAAGGGAGGAGGAACUGAGAGAGCGCCAUAGUGGAACAAAUGACGAAACAGUUGAAGAAUUGAACCGUGAAACAGAAUCUACCGAUGGUCCCAAAAUGAGAGUAAGAAAAGCAAUGAAGGAAAAGUAUUCGAAUUUGGAGUAG